CCGAAAGCGUAGUUAGAGGACGACAUGUAUAACAUUCGUGAGCAGCCACGACAAACCGCGCAUUGCGUCAUCCACCGAUCGAAUCGUAUCGCCGAAGUGCACAUGGCGGUUCCAAUCUACUCUUGAUACGGUCGUUCGAAUCAUCAGUACGAAAAUCUAGUGCAGCGAACGAGAGUGAGCGGAAUCAGCGUAUCGUCGAAUCGCAUCAGCGAUGGCGCCGAAAAAUAAGGAAAAUAACACCAAACGAAAGAAGCAGGUAGAGGAUGAAGGAGACGAAGAUUAUCGAAAGCGACGGGAUCGGAAUAACCAGGCCGUGAAACGAUCCAGAGUAAAGAGUAAAUUACGCACACAGCAAACAUUAGAACGAGUAAAUCAGCUGAAAACGGAGAAUGAAUUGCUGGAGGAAAAAAUUAAAAUGCUUACCAAGGAGCUAGGGUUUCUCAAGGAUCUCUUUCUCGCACAUGCAGGUUCCAGUCAACACUCUAUAAACGUUCAAGAUCUAGAUCUAAAUUCUCUUCUAGCCGAAGAUAAAUCUACGGUAGAUGUCCUGAAGACGACUUCGGCCGAGCUAUAAACUGAUAUACAAGCACCACGUGAAGGAAUCAGCGUGGUAUUGGAUUCAAAACGCGAUGAAGCAUGGCUCGUUUCGAAAGAGCAAGCAGACAUCUUGGAAAGAUGUGCUCUUUAAACUUAUUAGGAAAUAUUCAAAACGCGAAAAGCAUUUCUUGAAUGCGAACUUUCUGGUUGCAGCGUCGUCGAGAAUUAUCAUCAUUCAAGUUUAUAGUUUUUUGGCAGCGGGAGAUAUGGCAGAGUUGUCUUAUAGUAAAUUCAAGUAUGAAAGUAUUCAUCUUGAUUGUCAAUCCCAAUAGGGAUGUUAUGAUUUUAAAUAGUACAAAGGAUGGGACGAAUUAACUAUAUAAUAUGAAUAUGUAUAUAUUGUGCUUAAUGUUAUAUCUUAUUUUGUAAUAUAUAUCUUAGGAGAUGUGCUUUUAUUAUGUACAGGUGAAAAUAGAAAAUAAUAUUUUAAUA